CGCUAGCCUGACUGUGGGGGAAAGUUUUUCCAGGGAGCGCGCGCUCCUCCUCUCCACGCGCUGACCAGCGGCCGGCCACAUCAGCGUGACACCGUGAAGGAACGGCCGCCUCGUGAACUGAUCCUCCUCCGUGUUCUCCUCACGCUGCCGGUUUCCCGGUUUUAAUCCGUGAGCACUCUGAGGGAUUAACGGGCCGCGCGAGAGAGGGAUGGAGCGGUCCCGUCAAAGUUAGAGGCACGAGAGUCUGUCUGUCUGUGUGUCGGCGGCAGACAGAGCGGCUCCUCCCGGUGCUCCCACCGCGCUAAAAGUGAGCGGCUUUCCCCGCCUCGGAGGCCAUGGGCUGCGGCUUGCGGAAACUGGAAGACCCGGAGGACAGCAGCCCCGGGAAGAUCUACUCCACGCUCAAGAGACCGCAAGUGGAGACCAAGACGGACACUGUGUACGAGUACGUGCUGCUGGACUUCAGCCUGGAAGGUAGCCGUCCUACGGUGCAGUAUGUGGCUUCUCUUUCUGAGCUGCCCCAGGCUCUGCAGCCCUACUACACACAGGGCUACGUCCUGGCCGCCCUGCACCCCAUCAUCCUUUCUGUGGGCCGAACCCGCUCACUGCCCUUCAGCCUGCUGUACCGCGCCAUCCUGGCCCGUCCCAGACCCAGUAAGCAGACGGCGUCCAUGUGUCACAGUGUUCCAAUGUUGAAGGUGGAGGAGUGGCCGUUACCAGGAGAGUCGCUGACGGGUGACACAGUCAGAGCGCUCAUUGACAGGGUGAACAGCAGUGCCCGAGGGGGUGUUCGAUUCAUCGGCUCGGUCCUCCAGCAGGUGAGCGGGAUCACCAAUGGCAGGGUGCACAGUCCGAAGAGGGGCUGUCGCUCCCCUCCGCGCACCCCUCCUGGUACGCCGCCUGGAGACAGAGAGCUGGAGGAAAACACCUACAGUCCCGACUUGAGGUUGCUGGUGUUUUUUCACUCCUGGGCUCCGGGCUGUGCUCCUCUGGACUCACUGGCUUGUCAGUACCACCAGGGGGCACUCUCCAUGCGUGUUUCCAGGAAGGGCCAAGUGGUCAGUGCGCUGGAAGCUGAUUGGCUGGAGCUGACCGCCGCCUACUACCGCAAAGGCUGGUCGUUGGUGGACUCCUUCGUCUACUGGGACACGCCUAAAGGCGAGCCAGUGCCCAGGUCUCUGGAGGGAUUGUUUGUGUACGAGGAGAGGAGCACCUCGACUCCAGCCAACGACACCAUCGUCGUAGAGCAGUGGACCGUCAUCGAGGGCUCCAGUGUGAAAACAGAUUACGGGCCGCUUCUUCACACUCUGGCUGAGUUUGGUUGGCUGCUCACAUGUGUGCUGCCAACUCCCAUCAUCCGACAUGACAGUGAUGGUAACCUGGCUACCAAGCAGGUUGUGUUUCUCCAGAGGCCGGUCAGAAAUCAGGCAGCAGGACAACCAAGGAACCAGCCUUCGUCCGUACACAGCGACGUGUCCAGUCGCUCUGUGAGCCGUGCGGUCAGCAGCCCCACCUCUCCAGAGGAGCUCUCCCCAACUGCCGGAGGCAUCGGGGGCUUCCCGGUGUUUGGAGGGGGGUAUCCCAGCGCCCUGUCCCACCUGGAGGAAGGUGGCUUUGAGCAGGAGGAGGGAAAAGCUGAAGUCACCUGCAUAUAAGCAGGAAAUAAGAAGGAUGCAGCUUCCAGAAUGAACUGAGAAUUCAAACAUUGUUGGAUUACUGAAGAGAGUGUCCACAUGAACUCUGAGACUGUCCAUCACAUUUGUGAGCCCUUCCUUUUAAGACUUUAAGUAGGAGAACUUGGCACUUUUUCAAAUGUUUGUAAUGAAGCCAUAAUGAGAAUAAGGUAUUAUUUAGUGGAUCUGUCCAAACUUUUAGAGAUUUGUGUGGAGACACUUUACAGAAAUUUAAAACAAUAUUCUGGGAUUUCUCUCGGAUCAGUUCAGGUGCUCAUAGGAAACCGUCACUAAACACUAAAGCACAAACACUUUCUGCACGUUAUGGAAAACAGUACUGGUGGUGAAAUGUGGUCUCUACCUGCUCACGUCUUAUUUUUGAUUUGCGUUCCUUCACAGCCUCACACUUUCUUUCCUUGGUGAUGCUCAAACACUCUGAAUCCAGACUCCCUCUGAACUCAUUGUGUGGCACAGCGACACGGGUCAGACAGGGCUUUGUCCUUCAGCUCCAGGCUGAGACAGGAUGUGAAUAUUCAUCCGGGAGACUGUCACAGUUUCCUGUGUACAUUGGUACUGACAUGCAGUCUGAUACAGAGUUAGCUCCACUGGCCUCAGUGAAGGUGCUGGCUGCUUACACUAGUACUUUUGUGCAGAUAACAGUAUUAUGAGGAAGGUCAGUGUUGUAAACUGGAGACAGUACUAUUAUUUUCAACAUUUAAUAUCAGUGUGUUGACCCCCCAAGUCUACACAUAUCCUGAUUUAGUCUAACUGGUGCCAUUUUCUAAUCAUUCUAAGAUAUAUCAUAUGCUUCUUAUUCAAUAUUUGAUCAGUAUGAGUGUAUGUAUUAUUUUCUUCGGUCAAAGUUUCAGAGUUGCUGCUUUACAGCUCAUAUGGUACUGGCAGUACACCUGCAAUUCUCUCUCAUGGAUGAAGUUCUUCAAAAACAAACGCAUUAUUUUACUGAAAUGAUGACUGUAUUUUUUUAAAGGGAACUGAUUUUACACAUCAGUCAGUUUUAGGUGUUUAUAGGAAGUACUACUGUAUAUGUGGAGAAAAAAGGUUGUUGAGCCUUCAUGGCUCCAGAGAAUGCUGUGUAACAUCUGGGUGUCAGCUGAUGCUGAAAACUACAAGUGUGAACAUGAAAAGAGAAAAAUCUGGGAGUGUGAAGUUAUGCAUUAUGGGUAAUGUAGGCACCUGGUUUUGACAAGGAAGCAGAAUGUGUCGAUUUUUAAAAAAUACAUGAUAUCUGUUUCUACUUAAUCAGCUUUGAUACUUUUUUUAAAUGGCCAUGGUGACUCAGUGUUCUUCUAUGCUAAAUAGGUGCAGUACUCUUAAAGCUAUGAAAGGGACACAAUGCUGUUGUAUAUAACUAUAUUUUAGAUGUUAGUAUUCAUAAUGGCAAAAAAAAAAAAAGGUUUCUCAUGAUUGUGAUGCAUGUUCUUUGCUUUGGGGGAGGAAUGGGAUCAAACGCACCCAGAGUAGUUUAGCUAUUCCAGUGAGGUAAACAUAGCCAGCUUUGACUCGUACAGGUUUUAAAUGGAUGUGUUUAGCUCAUCAGACUCCAGCAGGGUUUAUUAAAUGUCAGUAUUACUCCAGCCUUUCCCUUUUCAAGAGUUGUACAUUUACUAUCUCUAUCAUCUGUGUUUUUUAUUGUAUUAAACACUUUUCCCAUGGUUUGA